AUGUUCUGCCUGAAGGAGGAAGUUGGCACUCUUGUAGAAGCCCUGAGUUCUUCACCCGUGAUUGACUGGGAGAACACGAGGAGGACCCAUCUUGUCAUCAGCGACGUCCCUCACUACGCUGUCGAGCCCAUGGUGAGGCUGGUGCAAGAGAGGGGAGUGAAGGUGUGGUUACUGACUUGCUUCACCUUCACCUAUGACGCUCACCUGGAUCAUCGCACGCUCAGAGUACCGGCGGGCUUCCGUGUGUGCAGGCUGGGCAGAGCAGGCGUUCGUCACCUCCUGGAGAAUGCUAAGUACGGUGGAAUACCCCUGGACCUCAUGUACAGGAUGGCAGAGGGCGUGCCUUACAUAGGAGUGUACCAGGACCCAACCAGCACACAGGAGGCGAGAGUAGACCCAGAGAACCUUCCUGUCGCUGGAAACGAGGAGAUACCAGUGGCUUGGUGUUGCUCGGGUCCUUCAGGAGACGUGGCCAAGCUGAUAACAGAUGAGAGGUUCAGAAAACGUGGGUUUGGAAAGCUGCUGACGGCGACGUUAGCGAGGCGACAAACUGCCCUCGGUUUUAUUCCUCAUGCGUUUGUUGAGGCGAACAAUUCUGCCUCUAAAGUGAUGUUCGAGAAUUCGCUAGGCUGGAGUGUGACGCAUGAAAAUAUCUGGAUCAUUGAUUUGAAGACUUAUAUAACCAAGAAGGAUACAUUUAAAGUGGCUAAUCUUAAAGUUCUUGUAACAGAAGCUCUGAGUCUCAUCACACCACAAACUAGGAAGGAAGCAGUGCGACAUGCUGAAAAAAUUCUGGAUAAAGAUGACCAACAACAUGUGGCAGCUGAAAAUUUUGUCGAGUCAUUUGUGAUCAACAUCACAGAAUGUUCUGAUAUGGAAGACGAUGCUUAA